AUGUUGAAACCCUCGCCCGCCAGGUUGGUACCGGGAGCUGACUGGGCAGCCUUGCACUCUGCUGGCCGACCCGUGGUGCACGAGGACAGGACAGUGGGCAGCCACCAUCCCCACAGCCAUAGCAGGUUCACCAGAGUACUCUGUAUGCCUGGAGAGAAGAAGGAGGUAGAUAUUCAAUUAAAUUCAAUAGUGUUCUUUAAUGUUGAACUAAACUUAAAGGGAUAUUACGCUCCAAAAUCAAAAGUUGUCAGACGUUUUCAGACUUCAAAAGUAGUCUAAUGUUAAGAUAUUGUGGUGCUAUUUUGACUAAAACACAUACAAAAGAGUGUUACUCUCUGUGCCAUAGAUUUGUAUAGCGAAAGCACAGUUAAUUCAAGAGUACAUAUGCCCCCGUGAGAGACCAGGGUUCGCUACCAGAGUUGACUUCUUCAACUGCAUACCUCUUAUCUGUCUCCCUACUCACUUUAUCUCUGUAAUAAUCUCCAUUAAAGAAUACAACGUGUAGGAUGAGUGGACUCCUGUUCCCCUAAAAAAGAAAAUAAAGGAAAAAAACUACAAAAGAAAAUAAAGUAUUGCUCUCUUUUGGAGACAUACACAAAUAGUGAUUAUAGAGCAGGGGUCUUCAACCUUUUCUUGCCCAGGGACCCCCACCCAGGUAAACCGGGGACCCAAGGACCCCGCCCAAGCAAACCGGUGACCCAGGGACCCCCAUCCAGGCAAACCGGGGACCCAGGGACCCCGCCCAGGCAAACCGGGGACCCAGGGACCCCCACCAUGGUAUUAUUACCAGGUGAAUAGCAAGGAGAAGUAAUCAACAUUUUAAAAUGAAUAGAUUUGGUAGAUAGUUGCUUUGUAUUAUUUUGACCUACUCACAUUAUAAUUGGAAGUGUAAACUCUAACAUAGUCUAUUAGAUAGAAAGGUAACUCAAAACACAUUUUCACUAAUAGCAGCUGUUAAGCUAGUUAAAUAAAGGUUAGCCAUGUGUUGGCAAAAAUGUUUUAAGGGCUUUAUUCAAUCUGGAUCGCUGAAGCGCUACAGAUUGCGCGAUAGAAAUGUAAAGGUCAUUUCCCAUUUAGCCGACAUACUGUAUGCAGCGUUUACCGUGAAUGCAGUCUCCGUUAACGCGGGAACAUUGCCUUUAAAUUUCAAUCAUGCUGUAACUAUGAACUUCUGCGAUACGGAUUGAAUAGAGCCUUAAGUUGGGAAAGCUUACCAGCAGCCAGCGGCACUUGCCACGACUAGUAUUCACGGGUGCUUUUUCUAAGCCUAUGUCAGUUACAUUGACUAUCAUUUCUCUGUAAUUAGCUCCAAUGAGUGUAAUUUGCUCAAUAUUAGGGGUUGAGAAAUAAAGUUGACAUCAUUAGAAAGAAGAUAUUAACACCUUUCCUAUUGUAUGUACAGUGGGGGAAAAAAGUAUUUAGUCAGCCACCAAUUGUGCAAGUUCUCCCACUUAAAAAGAUGAGAGAGGCCUGUAAUUUUCAUCAUAGGUACACGUCAACUAUGACAGACAAAAUUAGAAAAAAUAAUCCAGAAAAUCACAUUGUAGGAUUUUUUAUGAAUUUAUUUGCAAAUUAUGGUGGAAAAUAAGUAUUUGGUCAAUAACAAAAGUUUCUCAAUACUUUGUUAUAUACCCUUUGUUGGCAAUGACACAGGUCAAACGUUUUCUGUAAGUCUUCACAAGGUUUUCACACACUGUUGCUGGUAUUUUGGCCCAUUCCUCCAUGCAGAUCUCCUCUAGAGCAGUGAUGUUUUGGGGCUGUCGCUGGGCAACAUAGACUUUCAACUCCCUCCAAAGAUUUUCUAUGGGGUUGAGAUCUGGAGACUGGCUUCAUGUUUUCUUUUAGAUCCACAACUAGAAUCCCUCCACAGCCUCAUAGAGGAUCUAGAUACAUUUUCUAACCUCUCUGGAUUAAAACCAAAUUAUGACAAAUGUACUAUAUUACGUAUUGGAUCACUAAAAAAUACAAUUUUUACAUUACCAUGUAGUUUACCAAUAAAAUGGUCUGAUGGUGAUGUGGAUAUACUCGGAAUACAUAUCCCAAAGGAAAUAAAUGAUCUCACUUCAAUAAAUUUUAAUAGAAAGUUAGCAAAAAUAGAUAAGAUCUUACUGCCAUGGAAAGGAAAAUACCUGUCAAUUUGUGGAAAAAUCACCCUGAUUAACUCUUUAGUAUUAUCCCAGAUUACCUAUUUGCUUAUGGUCUUGCCUACGCCUAGCAAACAGUUUUUUAAAUUAUAUGAGAAAAAAAUAUUCAAUUUUAUUUGGAACGGCAAGCCAGACAAAAUUAAAAGAGCAUAUUUAUAUAAUGAAUAUGAAUUCGGAGGACAGAAAUUAUUAAAUAUUAAAGCAUUAGACCUAUCACUAAAAUCUUCAGUCAUCCAAAAGUUAUACUUAAAUCCGAACUGGUUCUCAAGCAAAUUAGUAAGAUUGUCUCACCCACUGUUCAAGAAAGGCCUUUUUCCCUUUAUUCAGAUUACAACCUCUCACUUUCAGUUAUUUGAAAAGGAAAUAAUCUCCCAAAUGUCACUAUUUCUAAAACAAGCCAUAGAAAGUUGGUUGCAAUUUCAAUUUAAUCCUCCAGAAACGACAGAACAAAUAAUGCAACAAAUAUUGUGGUUAAAUUCAAAUAUACUAAUUGACAAAAAACCUUUAUUUUUUGACAGAAUGUUUAAAAAAGGUAUAAUCUUCGUAAAUGAUAUCAUCGGUAGGACUGGUGGAGUUAUGUCGCACAUGCAGCUAACAAAAACAUGGAAAUGUCUGCUCUACCCAAAAUUACAACCAAAUAAUUGCAGCCUUACCGCAAAAAUGGAAGAUGAAAGUGGAAGGGGGAGAAAGUAAGGAACUUGUCUGUCGGCCUUGCAUUAAAGAACAUAAUUGGUUAAGGAAAACUAUGAUAAAUAAAAAAGUAUAUCAGUUUCAUUUAAGGACCAAAGGAUUGACAGCCGUCCCAUAUAGAUUGCAAAAUAGUUGGGAUCUCUUUUGACGUACCGAUCCCAUGGCAUAGUGUUUAUGAACUGACACGCAAAACGACACCGGAUUCAAAAAUUAGAAUCUUUCAAUUUAAAUUAUUAUAUACAAUUCUUGCUACCAAUAGAAUGUUAUUUAUAUGGGGGAUACAAUCUUCCCAGCUCUGCAGAUUUUGCUGUGAAGAGACAGAAUCAUUAGAUCAUUUGUUUUGGUUAUGUCCAUUUGUAGCUUGUUUUUGGACACAGGUCCAGGAAUGGCUAAAGGAUUGCAAUAUUUACCUGGAACUAACCUUGCAGAUAGCAUUACUGGGUGAUCUGAAAAGUCAUAGUCAAUCAAUCAAUAAUAUAAUAAUACUUUUAGCAAAAAAAAUUUUUUUAAAUUCACAAUAUGUAGAAGCAAUGAGAAUAGAAAGGUUCAGAACUUUUGUAAAACAUCACAGUACGGUUGAAAUAUAUAUGGCAAAUAGAAAUCCUAUAUGGAUGGUGUUAAGAGAUAGAUGGGAGGUAUUGAAUAGAGUUGAAGGAUGGGACUAAUAACAAAUAACAACAAAUAAUAACAAAGAUAGCUAAUAAUGUAAGCAUACUGUGUCCAUAAUAAGUAUAUAGGUUGUAUGUUGGGAGCUUUUGGGAAAGAGCACAGUUUGAAAGAUAUGGCAUUUAGAAGCAAACCGGAUGGACAUCAUGAAAAUGAUCGGAGAGGUUGAGAGUAGAGAAGUUCAGGAGCAAAAAUAAAAUAAAAUAAAUAAAUAAUAUAUAUAUAAUAGAAUUAUUGUAAAAUUAACUCUGUCCAUAAGGUGUAGAUAGUAAGUAUAGACCGGAAGUAGAGGCCUGGGCGUUGUUGUUCACUAAUUUACUCCAAGUAGGGAAAGGAUGGUGGGGUUGAAAAGUAAUAAAGGGGAAUAUAUAUAUUUUUUAAAAAAAUUAAAAAAACAACAUGGGGGAUUGGAAGUGAUGCAGACAAUUACAUUGAUAGAAGAUACAAUCUAUCUGCAAUAUUAAGCUGAUCCAUUCCCAGAAAAAAAAAAGAAAAAAAAGAAGAAAAAAAAGAAGAAGUUACAGGUCUGUGAGAGCCAAAAAUCUUGCUUGUUUGUAGGUGACCAAAUACUUAUUUUCCACCAUAAUUUGCAAAUAAAUUCAUUAAAAAUCUACUAUGUGAUUUUCUCAACAACAAAAAAAUCUCAAUUUGUCUGUCAUAGUUGACGUGUACCUAUGAUGAAAAUUACAGGCCUCUCUCAUCUUUUUAAGUGGGAGAACUUGCACAAUUGGUGGCUGACUAAAUACUUUUUUUCCCAACUGUAUGUAAUUCAAAAUGUGUUAAUUCUGUUGUUGCUAGCGAUAUUCAUAAAAACAUUUAAGGAAAUGUUUUUGCGGACCCCCGUUUGAAUACCCCUGAUAUAGAGUAACCUCUUACCUGACAUAUCAAUCACAAUCUCUUGGUAAUGAUGAUGGGGUUGAUGAAGAUCAACUCCUAGAACAAUGGAGCGUUCUGACCUCCUGUCUGUCUGUCUGUCUGUCUGACUGACGAUUGACUAACUGAUUGAAGGACUCACUGACUAUCUGAGAUAGUUUUUUUUGUUUAUAUAGACGGGGCCUGAAGUUUCCUUUGGCUAUAUACAGUAUACCACCACAGGCUGUUGCAAUGUGUGAUGGUGUGAAAGUGGGUGUUCACUUAUAAGAAACACUUCGCAGACAGAUGGAUGAAUGUCUCGUGGCACUAGAAAAACAAGAUUAGGCCCAGAAGUUUCAUGACACUGUUUGCACACCCUCUCACCUGUGUGCUCCUGCUCUCCCUGAUUAGUCAACCACGCAUCCAAUCCAAUCAAUCCUAUGCAUAGCCACUUUGCAUACAGAGCCAUUUCCUUGCUUUGGCAGUCAUUCUCCCUCUGAGCUGUGUGGACUGCAUCUGAACCCUACAGUAGACUACACCUGGAUGUAUUGUUACACGUAGAUAUACUGUAGCUGGCUGCAAACACCUCCCUAAACAGCCUUCCCUUUUCCUCCUAGUACUACCACCACCACCCCCUCCACUGUAGGUCUGUACCCAGGCUAAGAUGCGUCCGUUGCGGGUCUACCUGCUGGCCCUCCUCCUGUUGACAGGGAUCUGGCUGUCUGGUGCCAGUGUAUCCGACAGCUUUAAAGACUGCAGCCAGUUUCUCUACAUGAGGGCAGCACCGACGGGCAUCGACGGGACCAGGGGCAGCCUCAAGAGGAUCUGCCAGCGCUACGGGGACAAGGCGCGCUACGCCACCCUGUAUGACGGCAGCCGUCGCCUGCCCCUCUACUCGGCCUACACCUUUAAGAAGAACAACGGGAAGAAGAGGAUGGACACGCCCUGGAUGUACGAGCCACAGGUAGAGAUCUGUUAUCAUGUUACAACAUUACAGCAGGUAGAGAGAGAUCUUUAGCAGCAACUUACUGUGAUACUCUCAUGCAAUACUGCAGUAUUCUCCUGCAAUAACAGUCCCAUGUUAAUGACUUAUUGGCCAAUGCAUGGCUGUCCUGUCUUUGUCAUGAGGGCGUGCUUUUUCUCCACCUAAACUAAUGAUUUAGUCAUCUAACCACUCUUACUAUCUAAACGGAACUUUUCAAAACCCUUUUUAUUUUUUACAAACUAUCUUAUCUGUCAUACCUGUCAUUAAAUCAUCAACCCCCCCUCUAAUCAAUCCACAGCUGGCGUCUGGGAACGAGGGUGGGAACAUGAAGGUGCUUCCCCCUAGUGACGACCCAGAGCCUCUGAUCCAGGAGAGCCAGGCGGUGCUGGAGGACUACUCAGACGCCGUGGAGUACUCCCGAGGCCUGCUCAACCCAGACCAGCACCAGGCUGACCCAGACGAUAAGGCCUCCACCUAUACCCUGACCAACGUGGUACCCCAGGUCAGCCAUUUUGUUAUCAAAUACGUUAUUUUAAUGCUUUUGGGACGUUAUAAAUCAUAAUGUUAUAAUUAAGCAAUAAGGCCCGAAGGGGUGUGGUAUGUUGGCCAUAUACCACAAACCCCUUAUUGCUAUUAAAAACUGGUUACCAACAUAAUUAGAGCAGUAAAAAUAAAUGUUUUGUCAUACCUGUGGUAUAAGGUCUGAUAUACCACGGCUGUCAGACAAUCAGCAUUCAGGCCUCGAACAACCCAGUUUAUAAUCCUAAUUAGAAUGGAAUUUUAUGUUAAUGUUAGCUAAUGUCCUGGUACCAGAUCACAGACUUCCUGGAAGAGACCUGGAGCUCCUACUUGGAUACCGUGCGCCACCGCCUCAAUAACUUCUGCAGCAGAAAGCAGUCCUACGUGGUAACCGGGGUGACAGUCUCCAGGGCGACCAUACGUCGGGGGAACGAGGACCGCCUGGGGAUCCCAAAUCACCUGUGGUUGGCUUACUGUUGCCCACAGUUCGACCGUAACUCUCCCUACGAGGUGCGUUUCAUGUUCCCCAGCUAUGGUGCCUAUGCACUGAAUGAACAGGAGGGCCAUGGGGUUAUGGAGGUGCCUUUAAAGACACUGGAGAGCUUUCUGAAGAAACAAACAGACAUGGAUAGUAAUCUGGCUAUCUUCUACAAGGACUGUGUGUCAGAGAACACCUUUAAAAAGAAGAGAAAGAGAUAGGUGUGUGUGUGUGUGUGUGUGUGUGUGUCUGUUUUUGUUUAUUUAUGUAAUGGGGGUGUAAAUUGACCAAUUGAACAAUGUUUUAUUUUAGUCACAUUUAAUACUCUUACAAGGUAUCUGUCGAUAAUUGUCAUGCACAAUCAAUCAACUGAACUGAAAAUACAACAAAAAGCUCUCUUAUCUGUCUCAAAUGUCUCAAACAUGUGAGAAACCACAACAUCACAAAGUAACACUUUUCUUCACACCUCAUAGAAACGCUCUGAACAAAGUGUACUGCAUGCAACUCAAACCGACAGGAUACUGCUUUAAUGAGAGUACCAUAGUAAGCUACAUCUAUAAUGUUUUAACAUAAUAAAAAAGAUUCUGUUCAAUGUAGUUUACAGCCGAUAUUUGCAUGGAAUAUGGGACAUACACGGUGCAGUGUAAAAACAAUGGUAGAGGCAUGGGCAUGGUGCAUGAGUCGGCUAGGACUGCAGCUAACCAUACUUCCAUGGUAACCCAAUGCAUGCACACCGAUAGCGCUGGCUGAAUGAGACUCACUUCUUUGCAUCCUAUCAGUGGGUUUAUGGCUCUCACCUGUUCUAUUCUACAGUUCUAAACCACUGUUCUCAGACCUGCUGAAGAAAUCAUUACAUCACCUACUCUGGAAGCCCUCCCUCCAUGCAUCCCUCCUUCCCUCCCUCCCUUUUCCGUCCUCCCAUUCUCCAUCCUCCUUCUCUCUUCCAUAGCCACACUAACCGUCCAGUGUAGGUACAGACAGAGAGGAUAGUGUAUCCACACCUCACUAUGUUGCUGUCCUGUGUGCUCCUGGCUCUGGCCCUGCUUUCUCUACCUCCCCCAGUAAACCCCAGCGUGGACUCCUCCUUCAGGGACUGCAGCCGGUUCCUGUACCGGGGCCUGGCUCCCAGGGGCCUCCGGGGGACUCGGGGCCUCCAGAAGGUUUGCCAGCGUUACGGGGACAAGGCGCGCUAUGCAACCCUGUACGACCCAGCAGGCAGGAUCCCCCUCUUCUCUGCCUACACCUUUAAACGCUCCAAUGGUGAGAGCAGGGACGGUCUGCCUUGGAUGUACGAACCACAGGUAAGGGCCUAGACUUUUUUACUAACUAUACUGAUAGGUCUCUCUGGUCGAGAUCAUGCAUCUCUCUGGUCUACACAGACAAAUUCAUAGAGACACAAUACUCUGUUCUAUUGAAUUCUGUGGUCAAAUCAAACUGAAGAAGAGGAGACGAUGAGUAGUUCAAAGAAUAGAUGGUCUGUUACAGUGGUGAGAAUAGGGCUUUAAUGGUUAUGUGUAGACAGUAGAGCACAUUAAAACAUUCCCUCUAGUACUCUGAACUGGUGGUUUAAUAGUCUUGAUAAGCACGACACACAAUGAAAUUGCCCUCACAAUGAACAGGUUUCAGUGUCACAAAGUCUAGGUAGUAGGUACACAUUGUUACAUAGUAUUAGCAAGUGAUAUUCCUGUUCACAUUUUCUAUAUGCAAUAAUCUGUUGCACUCUCUCUCUCUUUCUCCUCCUGGCUCAUAUACUGUGUUGUACCUAUUUUCUGUCUGUGUAAUCACACAUUGACAUUGCUCUAACCCUCUUCAUCUCCUCCUUUCCCUCUCCUCCAGCUGUCCAGCGGCUCUGGGACAGGUAACAUGCAGCCAUUCCCCCGUUCUCCCUCCAGCCUCCUGGCCCUUGAGGAAAGCCAGGCCGUGCUGGCUGACUACUCUGACGCAGUCCUCUACGAGCGUGGCCAGCUGAACCCCGAUCAGCACCAGGCCAGUCCUGGGGACAAGGACUCGACCUACACCCUGACCAACGUGGUUCCCCAGUCCAAGGAGUUCCUCCACCACCACUGGCUCCCCUACCUGGAGGACAUCCGCAAACGCCUCAACAACUAUUGUCGUGGAACAGCCUACGUCAUCAGUGGCGUCACCACCACUGGUAACACCAUCCGGAGAGGUAACGUUAACCGGGUGGGGGUACCGAAACAUCUGUGGACAGCCUACUGCUGUCCGGAUUUUGAUCCCAGUGCGCCGUACGAACUCCGGUACAAGUUCCCUACCUAUGCAGCCUAUGGGCUUAAUGAUGUGGUAGAUAACAUUGUCACGGAGACGUCGACGAAGAGCAUGGAGAUGUUGGUGAAGAGAGAGAUGGCUGUGGAUCAGGACUUUCAGCUGUUCGAUGGAAACUGUGUCCCCGAAGUAUGAAUGGUUAUUAGAGUAAAUAUCAAGAGACAAUCAUUUAAAGAGAGAGAGCGAGAGAGAGAUGGGGAGAGGGAGAGAGCGAAGGAGAUGUUCCUGCCACUGAAAAUAUACAUUAUUUGGUGAUGUUUAUGAAAUUACUAACCAAUAAAGCAAUCAUUAUAAAUGUAUGUUUAAUUGUUUGUGUCGUCAUUUAAUCCAUGACAAUAUUAAUACCACAAAACACCAAAUUAUCCCAUAUUAUCAAGACAGUUUCCAUUCACCAAUCAUUUGAGGCCAUGUCCAAUACACACAUGUAUAGACACAUACACAUCAAUGGCCUUUACUAGCAAAUGGGUCAUUGACAGACACAUUCAAAGUCAUUCACUCAUGUUAUUGAGGUACAUGACCCUUGUUUCCGCUUUAAAGGAAGAUAAGAAUUUUCUGGAAGGGCUCUCUUUGAUUUCCCAUUAAGUCACUGCCUGAGUCCACACGAUGCCAACACAAUCUUACAUGGUCAUGCAGCAUAACCAUAUACAAGACCAUCUAUGAGUCCAGUAACCAGAGUCUGCUAAUAAUAAAAUAAUAAUAUGCCAUUUAGCAGACGCUUUUAUCCAAAGCGACUUACAGUCGUGCGUGCAUACAUUUUUGUGUAUGGGUGGUCCCGGGGGAAGAGACUGAACCUACCACACACUGUACAACCACAAACACAUAAAAAAAUGGUUCACAACUUGUGCGAGGAACUUGUCACCUCAGAGGGCGCUCAGCUGAGUGUGGUUUCGUUCUAAUUCUCAAAUCAAAUAGUCCGGGUAGCCAUGAUUAGCUGUUCAGGAGUCUUAUGGCUUGGGGGUAGAAGCUGUUAAGAAGCCUUUUGGACAUAGACUUGGCGCUCCGGUACCGCUUGCCGUGCGGUAGCAGUUGCCCUACCAGGCGGUGAUGCAACCAGUCAGGAUGCUCUCGAUGGUGCAGCUGUAUAACUUUUUGAGGAUCUGAGGACCCCAUGCCAAAUCUUUUCAGUCUCCUGAGGGGGAAUAGGCUUUGUCGUGCCCUCUUCACGACUGUCUUGGUGUGUUUGAACCAUGAUAGUUUGUUGGUGAUGUGGACACCAAGAAACUUGAAGCUCUCAACCUGUUCCACUACAGCCCCGUCGAUGAGAAUGGGGGCAUGCUCAGUCCUCUUUUAUUUUUUCCUGUAGUCCACAAUCAUCUCCUUUGUCCUGAGCACGUUGAGGGAGAGGUUGUUAUCCUGGCACCACACAGCCAGGUCUCUGACCUCCUCCCUAUAGGCUGUCUCAUCAUUGUCGGUGAUCAGGCCUACCACUGUUGUGUCGUCGGCAAACUUAAUGAUGGUGUUGGAGUCGUGCCUGGUCAUGCAGUCAUGGGUGAACAGGGAGUACAGGAGGGGACUGAGCACGCACCCCUGAGGGGCCCCCGUGUUGAGGAUCAGCGUGGCAGAUGUGUUGUUACCUACCCUUACCACCUGGGUAAGGGUAGGUACUCUUCAGAAAUAAACUAUUGAUAGGAACCACUCGCUCUGAAGUCACAGUCAUCUGUCAGUCAGAGUCUGUUAUCAGUCACUAGAAGUUUAAAUCCAGCUGAGGCCAACCAUACCACCAAGGCCACCAAUAGCAAAACCCAUCAGGCUUUGCAAUAGCCUAGCCUGGUCCCAGAUCUCUUUGUACUGUAUUGCCAAUUUCUAUAGUUGUUGUCAUGCCAAAGAUGAUAAGGAUUGGCAAUACAGCACAAAGAAACCUGGAACCAGGCUAGCAAUGACAUCUUUAUUUCAAUAGAACUCAGGUUGUCAAUGAUAGGCAGCUAAGGUCAGCUGAUAGAGAAGGUGUGCAUGGCUUUGCAUAAUGAGCCCAGAUUAGGGAGCGCUAACGCUGAACCACAGGUGUACCUCUCAUUCAUAGCUGCCGGCACCAAGAACUCAGCGCCGGUACAGAAACACACAUAG